CGGGCGGCCGGAGGGCAAAGCAGAGGGGCCAGAGGGUUCAGGCGGGCGGCCCGAGGGCGGACCAUGAGAGCCAGGGAGUUCUGGCGGGCGAGAGGCCGGCAGCGUGACAGCAGCGGGGUGGGAUCAUGGACGGCACUGCUGGGCUGAGGGCCUUGGUGCGAGGAGCAGAGGUCGGACGGACCACCGACGGGGCUGAUGUCGGUCGAUCCAUCAACAGGGCACGAGGAGUAGUAGUCGGACAGACCGCCGACGGGGCUGAUGUUGACCGAUCCGCCAACAAGGCACGAGGAGCAGGGGUAGGCCGGACCACCGACGGGGCUGGUGUCGGUCGAUCUGCCAACAAAGCACGAGGAGCAGGGGUCGGUCGGACCACCGACGGGGCUGGUGUCGGUCAAUCCGCCAACAAAGCACGAGGAGCAGGGGUUGGUCGGCCCACCGACGGGGCUGGUGCCGAUCGAUCCGCCAAUAGGGUACGAGGAGCAAGGGUCGGCUGGACCACCAGCAGAGUUGAGGCCGGUUGGUCCACCAACAGAGCACGAGGAGCGGGGGUCAGCCCACCCACCGACGGGACUGGUGUCGAUUGGUCCCCCGACAAGUGUGCAGAGAAAACUGAAAACAGAAUGAGUCACAGAGCAGGAAUCCAUCCAGACAGAUGAAGAAAAAGACAAAAAAGAUCACUCAGCUUCCACUUUGCUUGUUUAGCUGACACUCUCCUGCCAUCUGCCUGUUGACUUUUCUUUUCUUUUUGUUCUUGAAUAUACUGUGUUGCUCUGUUGUUUGACACAGUGGUUUCCAAAUGCUUUUACAAAAUCCCACUCCAGCACUUAACAUUUUGGUUUUGAAAUAAGAUCAUGAGCUUCCCAUCGACUAGA